AAAAGAUUUCCUUUUUUGUGUUUUUUGGGCCCAUUUCCCCUCUUUCAGAAAAAAAGAUGGUCGAGGAGAGUUUUCACCUCUGAGAUCAUCCUGAAAAGGGCAGUCAAGAAAAUCACGCUCAAUUUCUUCUCUGUUAUUUUCAACCCCCAUACUAAUUAAUUAUUAUUAUUAUUAAGAAUCUUCUGCGAGCUGCCAUUCCCAGUGUGGAACCACAUUUCUUCCCCACUCCUAAUUUUCAACAUCAUCAACCCUUUCUUCCCUCUGCAUUUUCUUGAAAACAAUUUGUACAUUGAUUUGCACAUUCUGUCUUCUACCCACGAAUCAUAAGGCAAUCAAAGAAAUUCAUUGUAUUAUUAUUGACUGCCCGUCUUGUUUCUCUUUCUCCGCUGAAGGCCGAAUCUUGGGGUAGUUCGUUCCGCCCGGUUAUGCAGUCCCUCCAGAAAACGAAGGUGUUAUAGCCUAAAUAAAAGCCGGUGAAGAUGAGAGACCCCGAUUCUGUUGAUAGAUUCAAGAUGGCUAGCAUAGAUUUGUAUACUUGUUACGUAGUUUGUGCCUCGUAGUGGAUUUGUAAAUGUACAGUUUUUUCUUGAACUGCUGAGUUGAAGAAAUUGUUGGUGUUGUAUAAUUGGUGUUUUAUCCGAGUAAUUCUACAUUGCUCGGAGGGUUAUUUUGCACUAUAAAGCUGGCGAUUUUAUUUAUUUCCUUGUAUCGAGUCCUGGCCAUUGGCAGAAACUGCCUCCAUUACAGCGACGAAUUGAUCGGCUAGCAAUGGGGGGUAGAUGGUCCGCUUGGGGAAUAAAGUUGUCUUCUUUUGCACUUGUGAUUCUUGUUUCUGAAAUUCAUGGAUCGUUGUCGCUUAAUUCUGAAGGAUUAUCACUGUUAAAAUUCCGAGCAAAUGUGGAGUUCGACCCAUUUGGAGCUUUAGCAAAUUGGAAUAGUAAUGACUGCAACCCAUGCAUGUGGUCGGGCAUUGAAUGCCUGGACGGUAAAGUGGUUAUGCUAAAUCUUAAUGGACAAGAAUUGGAGGGAGUAUUGGCACCAGAGCUUGGAAAUCUUACUCAUUUAAGAAUUCUUGACCUUUCGAAGAGCCAUCUUUCUGGCACCAUACCCCCACAGUUUGGACAACUCACGAAACUGGAAGUGUUGGACUUGAGGGAUAAUAACUUGAGUGGAACAGUUCCUGCAGAAUUAGGAGGGUUGCAUUCCCUAAAACGCCUGUUGCUUUGUAAUAAUAGAUUUGAAGGAAGCAUCCCCGUGGAGAUUGAGAAGCUUAGUUUGCUAACUGAUCUGGAGUUCGAUGAUACCCUUCCAACUGCAGCAGCUGCUGGAGUUGGCUGCUCAAAUAGAAAAGUUGGACACUGCAUCUGGCAGAGCGUUUUAAAACAACCGAAGAAAUCCGAUUCCUUCCGAAUGACGUCUAAAUGGAGCAUAACACAUUACCUCAAUCGGCUCCUGAACUUCAAGGUGGGAAGUGAAUCGCCACACAACCACGCCAAUGAUGGCUGCACCAAUGUAACAGAAACCCAUGAGCCAGGUGUCAUCCAGAACAUAAAUAAGCAAGUGAAUGAUGUGCGGCGCGUACUAGCUGAACAGUCCAAUAACCUUGUCGCUAUCCCUCCUAAAGAUACAGCGCCAGCCCCAUCGGGAACUGCCAUUUCUCUUCCAAGCAGAAGUAGUGGGUCAUUUCCUGCUGUACCAAAUGCAAACAAACUCUCUCCCACUCAGGCACCCUCACCUCCUAUAUCCUCACCACCUCCUCCACAAGAGAAUAUGCCUCUUGACAGUCCUGGUGCUGUCAGCCAACAAAAUGAGGAACAUUCGUCAGCUGGUGGAAGUUCUGGGAAUUCGCUUAAACUUAUAAUUGGAAUAUCAAGUGCAGUUUUCUUGCUCAUUAUUCUUGCAGUUAUAAUUGUCCUCUCCAGAAGCAGAGCAGCAAGAACAAUUGGUCCUUGGAAGAGUGGACUGAGCGGACAGUUGCAGAAAGCUUUUGUUACAGGGGUCCCCAAGUUGAACAGAGAUGAGCUAGAAACUGCAUGUGAGGAUUUCAGCAAUAUUAUUAUGGCCCAAGAAGGUGUGGCCACUUUGUACAAAGGAACUCUAUCCAGUGGAGUAGAGAUUGCUGUUGCUUCAACCGUUGUAGCUUCUGCGAAACAAUGGUCAAAACAAGCAGAAUUAGCAUUCAGGAAGAAGAUCGAUAGCUUGUCGAGAGUGAAUCACAAGAAUUACAUAAAUCUUAUUGGGUACUGCGAGGAAGAAGAACCUUUCACUAGAAUGAUGGUUUUUGAGUUUGCUCCAAAUGGCACUCUCUUUGAACAUCUACAUGAUGAAGAUCUUGAACACCUUGACUGGAAUGCAAGGAUGAGAAUAAUCAUGGGGACAGCUUACUGCCUUCAGCACAUGCAUGAUCUCAAUCCACCAGUUGUACAUGCCAACUUGGCUUCCAAAGAAAUAUUUUUGACAGAUGAUUAUGCUGCUAAAAUUGGUGAUGUCACUUUCUGGUCAGAACUAAUAGCCAAGACGAAGAAGACCACGGAAAAUGAUGCCGAGCACUCUGAACUGCCUCCACUUGCUGUGGAAACAAAUAUUCACAGUUUUGGGAUCCUGUUGCUCGAAAUAAUUUCUGGGAAACUCCCUUACUCAGAAGAGGAAGGGGAUAUAGUAAACUGGGCUUGCACGUACUUGAACGAUAAGACAACCAUCAGCCAGUUGAUCGAUCCAAGCUUAAAAUCCCCCAAAGAAAACGAACUUGAGGUCGUGUGUGAGGUAAUCCAGAGCUGCAUCCAGCAAGAUGUAGGGCAAAGACCUUCAAUGAAGGAAAUCAUUCAGAAAUUGAGACAAGCCAUUGAUAUAUCACCAGAAGCAGCAACUCCAAGACUGUCUCCGCUUUGGUGGGCUGAACUCGAGAUCUUAUCACAAGAGGCAGCUUGAUCUUUGACUGCAUGCCCAUAAUGUAAGUCAAUUGUAUCUUCAUUUUACUGCAUACGGGCGGAUGCAAAAUCCCUUGACAAAAGCGCUACAAGAAGAUCUGUAACUAUCUUUUUUCCUUCAUUAGUAAGCCAUUCUUAUAAUCCCUAUUGUUUUAUUCUUCGACAAAAAAAAUUUUGUUACCAUGAGAGGACGUGGGCUGUGAUCAAAUAUCGAACGAACGAGCUUUUGUGAGUACCAUUUUAUGUAAAAGUGAAUUGGGAGGGAGGUGGAUCAUCA